AUGACUGAGGUAGAAGUCAAGCCACCAAGAUCUAUUGAGGUAGUUAAGUCAGUCGAUGGAAAAAAAGUGGUGCUGCAGAAACCUGAGGAAAAGCUGAUCAAGCGCUUAACGCCAUUGUACGUAAGGGCCCAUCUAGAAGAAGUCCCAGUUGACAGGGUUUUGAUUAACAAUGGAGCCAUAGUUAACAUUCUCGCUUCUAAAACUUUGAGAGCUAUAGGCAAGUUAGUAGAGGACUUGUUACCUAUUGAUAUUGAUAUAGGUAACUUUGUUAGAGGCUCAUCUAAGGCAAGGGGAGUUGUUGUUAUACAUCUUCAGGAUGAACGAAAGGGAAUAGAGAUCUAUUGGGCAAAUGCAAAUCCAUUUGCAAUAGAUGUCAACAACAUAAAGGUUGUGUUGUAUGAUAAAGAGAUAUGCCCAAUUGAGGUGAUUGAAGAUGAGGUUAAAUCCCAAGGAAAAAGCCUAACUAAUGAAGAAUUCAAAAGCAUCAUUGAAGAAGGAUUCAAGCAAAUGGAAUGUGUAAUAAACAAUAGCCUUCUGAGUUAUAAGGAGGUGCAUUUGGAGCAUUUGAGAGUUGCUCCUGCUAAGCUUGAUGACCUCAAGGUAGAUGUUCAAGAUCCCUUGGAGGAAUUCAACCUAGGAAUUAAGGCCUACAAAAGGACAAUCUAUGUAAAUGAUAGCUUAUCUAAUAAAAGUAAAGGCAAACUGGUUGGUUUGCUAUAUGAAUAUGUGGAUUGUUUUGCAUGGAGUUAUGAAGAAAUGCUUGGUUUGGAUAGAGCACUAGUAGAACACAGGUUACUAAUAAGAGACAACAUCAUUCCACAUAAGCAAUCUCCAAGAAGAAUGACUAUUGAAGUAACUUUGUUAGUUAAAGAAGAAAUUGAGAGGUUAUUAAAGGCAUGUUUUAUUAGGACAGUCAGGAACUUAAAUCUAGCAACUCCAAAUGAUGAAUAUCCUAUGCUAAUAGCUAACUUGUUGGUUGAUUUAGCAACCGAAAGCAAGGUCUUGUCAUUCAUGGAUGCGCAUGCUGGGUAUAAUCAAAUUUUCGUUGACCCAUAUGACAUCCAUAAGACUGCUUUUAGAUGUCUUGGAGCCUUAGGCAUAUUUGAGUGGGUAGCGAUGCCUUUUGGCUUGAAAAAUGCUGAAGCUACAUAUCAAAGGGCAAUGAAUUUCAUAUUCCCUGAUUUAAUUGGAAAGUUUCUAGAGGCAUGCAUUGAUGAUGUAGUUGUCAAGUCUGAUACAUUUGAGGAACAUCUAACUCAUCUAAGGCAGAUAUUUCAAAGAAUGAGAAGUCAUCAGUUAAAGAUGAACCCUUCGAAGUGUGCCUUUGGGGUGACUGUAGAAACUGAGCCCUGGAGGCUAAUGUUUGAUGGAUCUAGAACAGAUGAGAAGGUUGGUGCAGGCAUUGUCCUGAUUUCUCCUGACAAACAAAUGUACCAGUUUGCCUAUUAG